AACUACUGGGGCUCACACGAGUGCAGUUAGCUCAUCAAGAGCCCUCGUGUGUGUGGUCGUCCCGGCCGAGAACCAACCAACCGGUGGACAUGGUGUUCGUCGGCGGCGACCGUGCCAUGGGGGGCGCCCCUGGCGCCGACGCCGCGAGCACGAUGCGGUUCGCGCUGCACGUCAUGCGCGGUCGGUGGUUCAUGUUCUUCGCGUCCAUCCUGAUCAUGGCGGCGGCCGGCGGCACGUACAUCUUCGGCAUCUACUCCAAGGCGAUCAAGACGUCGCUCGGGUACGACCAGCAGACGCUCAACACGCUGAGCUUCUUCAAGGACGUGGGCGCCAACGUGGGCAUCCUCCCGGGGCUCAUCAACGAGGUCACCCCGCCGUGGGUGGUGCUCCUCUGCGGCGCCGGCAUGAACCUGGUGGGCUACCUCAUGAUCUACCUGGCCAUCACCGGCCGCACGGCGCAGCCGCCCGUGUGGCUCAUGUGCGUCUACAUCGCCGUCGGCGCCAACUCGCAGUCGUUCGCCAACACCGGCUCGCUCGUCACCGCCGUCAAGAACUUCCCCGAGGACCGCGGCGUGGUGCUCGGCCUGCUCAAGGGCUUCGUCGGCCUCAGCGGCGCCAUCUUCACCCAGCUGUACCGCGCCAUCUACGGCACCGACAACGACGGCGCCGACCUCGUGCUGCUCAUGGCGUGGCUCCCCGCCGCCAUCUCGCUCGUCUUCAUCCCCACCAUCCGCAUCAUGCCGCGGCAGCGGGACGCCGCCGCCGCCGCCGCGCGCGGGGAGCGCCGCCAGCGCGAGCGCAAGGCCUUCUUCCUCUUCCUCUACGCCUCCAUCGUGCUGGCAGCCUACCUGCUCGUCAUGAACGUCGUCGAGCUGGAGGUGAUCCACUUCCCCAAGACGGCCUACUACGUCACGGCCGUCGUGCUCCUCCUGCUCAUCUUCUUCCCGAUCGUCAUCGUCGUCAAGCAAGAGCUCAAGACCUACCUUGCGGCGGCGCCGGCGACGGCGACAACCUCGUCCGCCACCAUCGUGACGAUCACCGUCGACGACGAGAAGACGCGGGCGUCGAACAAUAACGUGGCACCGGAGUCGUCGUCGCCCGAUCACCGUCGUGGCCAUCAUCAGGCGGCCGUCGCCGCCGAGGCCGAGGACAUCAGCCGCCGCUCGCCGUCGUGCUUCCAGGACGUGUUCCGGCCGCCGGCGCGGGGCCAGGACUACACCAUCCUGCAGGCACUGUUCAGCGUGGACAUGCUGGUGCUUUUCGUGGCCACCAUCUGCGGCGUCGGCGGCACGCUGACGGCGGUGGACAACCUGGGGCAGAUCGGGCAGUCGCUGGGCUACCCGCAGCGGACCAUCAGCACGUUCGUGUCCCUGGUGAGCAUCUGGAACUACGCGGGGCGCGUCGUGUCCGGGUUCGCCUCCGAGUACGUGCUGGCCAGGUACAAGGUGCCCCGGCCGCUGGCGCUCACGGUGGUGCUCCUCCUGGCGUGCGUGGGGCACGCGCUCAUCGCCUUCGGCGUCGGCAACGGGCUGUACGCGGCGUCCGUGAUCCUGGGCUUCUGCUUCGGCGCGCAGUGGCCGCUGCUGUUCGCCAUCAUCUCCGAGGUGUUCGGGCUCAAGUACUACUCCACGCUCUACAACUUCGGCUCCGUGGCCAGCCCAGUGGGAUCCUACAUCCUCAACGUCCGCGUCGCCGGACGAAUGUACGACCAGGAGGCGCUCCGGCAGGCGGGCGGGCGGCGGGGCAGCAAGGACCUCACCUGCAUCGGCGUGCGCUGCUUCAGGGAGUCGUUCCUCAUCAUCACCGGCGUCACGCUGCUGGGCGCGCUCGUGUCGCUGGUGCUGGCCUGGAGGACCAGGAACUUCUACCGCGGAGACCUGUACGGCCAGUUCAGGGAGGUCGGCAUGGCCGCCGGAGCAGCAGCAGCAGAGGACGGAAAGGUGCACGAGGCCGAGGCGAGUAGCAGCAGUGGUGGUGGUGCCAGUGACUCUGACACCAAGGACACUGAGGCCGUUAAUGGCAGCAAGGUCUGAAUUGUUGACGUGUAGUCGUGUACUGUAGUGUCUCUGUCAGGGUUAAUUGACUUGACCUGAAUAUAUGCAUAUUUGAACUA